GUUUGACGUCAUGUACAUCGGUGUCCACAAAUGGAUUGUGAACCAUCUUGAGCUUCACAUCCAGUUCGUUCUCUGCCUUCUCGAACUAGCGUCGUUGGACGAAACCCGUAAUUGUUAUUUUCUGCGCGGAUAUCAAUUUCUCGGUCUGAACUACAGGUUGGGUCAAGCAUUGACGUUUGGUGUUUGUUUAACAUAUUUUCAAACGUGGGUCUUCUUUUGGAAUAACAGCAAUUGAAAAUGUCCAGACCUGAUCCUUUAAACUCAUCUUUCCAACCUCCAACUAAUGGCGUACUGAAAUCCCUGUUGGAGAAUCCAAUGAAGCUGCCAUUUCAUCACGAAGAAGGUUUUGGAAAAGAUGAGAAAAAGUUGGAUGAGGAAGGCGGUGCCAAUACUCCACAGUCAGCCUUCCUAGGGCCAACCCUGUGGGACAAGACCUUGCCAUAUGAUGGGGACAACUUUCAGCUGGAGUACAUGGACCUGGAAGAAUUUCUGUCAGAGAAUGGCAUCCCCGCAAACUCAGCUCAGAAUAACGAAAACCAGCCACAGCAGUCCCGGCAGCCCACUAUCCAGCAGGUUUCCCCUGCACCCCCCAUACCCUCUGUGGUUGACCUCAAUAGCCACGCCACUAUCUCUGUUCAUACAGCCAUGGUCUCCCAAAACUGUCUCCAGAGCCCCCCAGCCGGAGCAGUGCUGCCCUCAGCUGCCAGGAACACCCCCAGCCCCAUCGAUCCAGAGUCUAUUCAAGUUCCAGUGGGCUACGAGCCCGACCCUGCAGACCUGGCUCUGUCCAGCGUACCCGGACAGGAGAUGUUUGACCCCGGAAAACGCAAGUUCGCCCCAGAGGAGCUCAAACCACAGCCCAUGAUCAAAAAGGCACGCAAAAUCUUCAUCCCUGAAGAUCUCAAGGAUGACAAGUACUGGGCCAGACGCAGAAAGAACAACGUGGCAGCCAAAAGAUCACGGGAUGCCAGGCGACUGAAGGAGAACCAAAUUGCCAUCCGGGCUGGCUUCCUAGAGAAGGAGAACGGUGCACUUCGCUCAGAGGUGGCCGACUUGAGGAAGGAACUGGGUCGCACCAAGAACAUAGUGGCCAAAUACGAGGCUCAGCAUGGGCCCCUGUGAACCUCCCCAAACCAACGUCCACACCCUUCCCUCUCACCCCCUCACCCAAGAGUUUAAUGGACAAUGUGCCUCCCUUUUGGUGGCACUACGCCCCCACCCACCCCCCCACCCACACACACACACCCACACACACACACCAGCCCCUCACCCCUGUACAUGAUAAUCCUAUAUGAUUCUAUCAUUUGGAAUUUGAAUUCUGUCACUGGCAUCUGUUAGUUUCUUCCUUCUGUUUUCUCACUCACCCUUCAUGUACAUGGGGUAUGAGUAUGUAUGUACAGUAUGCACACACACUUUCCUCUUUCAAGUACUAGAAGGCACUUUGAGUGUUAAUGAGCCAACAACCUACUCUCCGGAUCCCUACCCUGUCCCCUCUUUCCUCUGUUCAUUUUGUAAAUGAUGCCAUGCUGUUUGUUUUCCCCCUUUCUCACCUGUUUUAUACGUGUGAUCAGGACUGAGAGCUGUUGUAAUGUAUCUCCCUCCCCAUCCUUAUGUUCUUCCAGUGCUGUUUUCAGAGGGAUUCUCCUCCUACCUAAGACCCUGUUCCUGUCCCUUCCUGUAGCAUCCCUUCUCUCGGGUUUGUACCGUACAUUCGUAUUGCAAUUUUUGAAUGUUAUUGUACUUCUGUUAAUAUUAUACAUUUUCGUGUCCAUUGUUGUUACAGCUCUGCAAUAGAACAUCAGUUCAUCACAUCAGGACUAUAAGCUACUCUUGUGAUUUUAAUAUUUUCUUGUUAGCACUUAACCUCUCUCUCAAACCUCAGUAUAACUGUACAGUUGGAAAGAAAAACCAGCGAUUCUUUUCUAUCACACAUUGAGCAAUAAUCUUUUCCAAAUCUAUAUUAAUUCAUGCUACCAAGUUUUUCCUCCCACACUGAUUUCCCCAAUCAGAGCACCUCUUGGUCUCCAGUAGAACCCACAACCCUCUUGCCUCGCGCUGCACGGCACGCUCAUUUUCUGUUGGGAGUUGCGCAAGCUAGCAUGGUGAUGGUGGACAGAUUUCCCACCCUGUGCUCAGUGGUCUCUCUGCUGCAGCCUGUUCCACAACUCCGCUAACCCUCUCUGCACCAAUCUUCUAACACGUGUCACAAUCUGCCCUGGUGCAAUGUUCCUCAGUCUAAUCUGCCUGAUAUUUGUGUAUCUUUUCUGUUAAGGACAGAUUAAUUUUUUGAAAUAUUCAAUUGUUAAUUGUUAUUAUUAUGACUUCUAUUUGUGUCGUUGAUAUUGUUGUUCUUAUUAUUAUCAUCUCAUCGUUUUUAUUUGAAUAUUUCAGCAUGAUUUCUCAGAACACAAACCUCAAGCUAAUCGCAAAGUGGUUGAAUUAUUUCCUUUUUUAUUUAGCAUGAUUAACAAGAGUGGUUCUUUUAAUAAUCAAUAGAGAUAUCUGUAUUUUUGUAGAUAUGCGUUUUUUGCCUUCCUCUGUAAGAUGGCUGUAUGAAUGUAAAAGAUGUCGGGAGAAAAAAGUAGGAUGGUGUUGUCCAGUACUGUGGUUAUCCCAAACAAUUAGUUUACUACAAACCAAAAGAUUCAGUACAGAGAUGAUACAUUGGUUAUAAGAGAUGUUUAUAUAAAGCUAUUCUAUAUGGGGGUUUUUGUACAGUAUUUUUCCUAUACAUUACUGGCUAUGUAUUUUAAAGGCACAGAAUCCAGAAUAUUAUUAAAGAAUACAAAUACAUUACUCAAAGAAAGCAAAACACUACUAUAUUGGUUAUCUUAACCAUAACAAUGUGGUAGUUUUACAGAGAUUCCUCCAAAUCCAGCAGCAGUAACGGAUACUGUUGGGCAUUAUUGGAAAGACACUCCUGUAUCCUGGUUAUAUACUAUAGAUUUAGCCAUCAGUAACCUUUAGUUCCUUGUGUCAUGGAAUCGUAGUGCUUUAAGAUUGAGUCUCACCAACGUUAACAUGAAAUACAGUUGUGAGUAUGGAGGACGGAAUGUAUGGAAUGCUCUUUAAUCGAUUUCUGAAGAGACCCACUAUUGGGUCUCUAUUGCUAUUGAUUGUCAUCGAUGUCACCACUAGGUGUCUCAAGAAGAUUCCUGUUAUGGUUCCCUUCACUCAGCCAAAAUAUGACACCGGAGUCCUUUGAUGGUAAAACUGAAAAGGUUUACCUUUAGUCAUAUUCUGAUAUGAACUAAUAUUUGGAGCCAUCUCUAUGCUCACUAGUUAGAACGAUGUUACAAUGAAGGGGAGGGAAAUUUCAGGUUACUGUAGCUGCUGUUUGUCUGCUUGUUAGACCUUCGCAGUUCUAGUAAGCCGCACUGCCUGAGUGAUAUUACUCUCAAUGACACUGCAUAGCAUACUGAGUUCUCUAUUUCUGCUAUAAUACUGCAUUAAAUUCACAAUUGACCAAAUACAGUGUAGUGUUCCUUACCUGUUGCAGAUCAUGGUCCAGCCAAGGUGAGAGUAGAGCUAUGUUUUGGCUCUAGAGAAAUGGCUGAAGACGGUUUUCCUUAUUCACAUUUCUAUAGCCCAUCUGUACAGAUAUGGGUUUUGUUAGCUGUGUAUGUCCAUGUACUUUCACAUGCUAUUCUGUACCAUGGACGUACCAUAUGAAAGAAUAGGAUAAAGCCAUUACCAGUCCACACAUUGCCCACAUACCUUCCCGUAGAGUGACUUCACUACCUCACCCAUGAAUGGAAAAAAGUAACCAUAAUUCUGAGUCUAUUCCAGUGCCUUGAAUACACUGACUGUUCCUCAGUCUCUCAGCGAUGUAAUGUCAUUAUCACCACUUGAAUAGGUUCAGAUCUAAUGCAGCAAAUAUUCUAUAUAUUUACAAUUGUCUUUUUACUUAUUUAAAAUGCUACAAUUAACUAAUUACCAUUGUAUUAAUGGCAACACCAAUGGACUGUUUCACAGAGGGUACAUAGAUACACAAUGAAAGGAGUAUUCUGUCUUGUCUGUCAUGGAAUGAAUGCAUAACAUAUGAUAUUCAGUCCUUGGCCUCCCGAUCUGUAAUUCAUAGUGUCUAAUAAAGUAUUUUCUGUUUCUUUUGAA